GAGUUUGACAAGCAAAUGGAAUCUCAAGUGUACUGGACAGAAACCAUUCACAUGUGAUCAGUGCGGGAAGAGUUUCUGACAACAAGGACACCUUAAGGACCACAUGAACAUCCACACUGGAGAGAAACUGCAUGAAUGUGACCAAUGCAGCAAAACAUUUUUGUUGGCUUCAGGCCUGAAGAGUCACCUGAAAGUUCAUUCAAAGAAGAAACAACAUUCAUGUUCUUUGUGUAAAAAGUUUUUUUUUUUCUGCUUCAAAAUUUAAAAGUUCAUCAGAAAGUACAUAAUGAUGAUAAAGUUCAUAUGUGUUUUGAGUUUGAGAAGACUUUUAUUACAGUUACAGAAUUGAAACGGCACCAGAGGAUCCACACUGGAGAGAAACCUUACAAGUGUUCACACUGCGACAAGAGAUUGACUUGUUCAGGACAUCUGAAAUCACACGAGAGGAUUCACACUGGAGAGAAACCGUAUCACUGCACUGCAUGUGGCAAGAAUUUCACUCAUACAAAUUCUCUAUGCAGUCAUAAAAAAACUCAAAUUAAAUAGGUUACCUUCAGGUCCAUUUCUUAAAGUGCUACACUGCAUCUCUUCCAUAUAAAUCUGUCAUAAGAAUCAUCAUCUAAAUUUGUCAUGACAGUGAAUUAAGUUCUUCUUCAUGACCAGCAGUUUCAUUUGUGAGAUUUGGAUCAAUUCAAAGAUGGAGUUCCUCCUAUCCUGUUUUCACCUCAUUCAUUAUGCAGAUGACUUCUGAUGAUCUGUAAAUUGCCACAUUAAGCUCAUUUUAGAGGUGUGAACAGACUUAAUCACGAUCAGCUAUUCAUUGUGACAUUAUAGAUCUGCUCCUUCUUCAGUGAAGCUCCUCCCACAACAAUCACACCUUCAGUGAAGCUCCUCCCACUGCAGUUCAGCAAUAAAUGCUGGAAUAUUCCCAUCAGUCUACAAGUGAAGACGAGCAUCAGAGCAUCAGGAAGAAGUGAAAUCUGCAGAGACAGAGUUUAUUGAAGGACAGAGAGAACAUGAGAGAUCCAGAACCCUGCAGAAUGAAACACACUGAAGAACAAACAGAUCUGAAAGAGAAGAAACAUGUCAAAACUGGAGAAAAAUCUCUCACCCAGACUGAAAGAGUUUCUUUACUGAAAAGAAGAGACAAGAAAAGGUUCACCUGCACUCAGUGUGGAAAGAGUUUGCCAGACAAACAUAAUCUUAAUGUUCACAUGAGGAUCCACACUGGAGAGAAACCAUUCACAUGUGAUCAGUGCGGGAAGAGUUUCAGACAAUCAGCAACCCUUAAGAGACACAUAAACACCCACACUAGAGAGAAAUUGUAUGAAUGUGAUCAAUGCGGCAAAACAUUUUUGAGGGCUUCAAACCUGACGGAGCACCUGAACAUUCAUACGAAGGAGAAACCACAUUCAUGUUCUUUCUGUGGAAAGAGUUUUUCAUGUCUACAGGGUUUAAAUGUUCAUCAGAAGAUACACACUGGUGUAAGAGAAUAUAUGUGCUUUGAGUGUGAGAAGACUUUUAUUAGAGCUGAUCAUUUGAAACAGCACCAGAUGAUGCACACUGGAGAGAAACCUUACAAGUGUUCACACUGCGACAAGAGAUACAGUCGGUCAGCACAUCUGAAAUCACAUGAGAGGAUUCACACUGAAGAGAAACUGUACAUGUGUUCACAAUGUGACAAGAGAUUCAGUCGGUCAGCACAUCUGAAAUCACAUGAGAGGAUCCACACUGGAGAGAAACCUUACAAGUGUUCACACUGUGACAAGAGAUUCAGUCGGUCAGCACAUCUGAAAUCACAUGAGAGGAUUCACACUGGAGAGAAACCAUAUCACUGCACUGCAUGCGAGAAGAGUUUCACUAAUUUCUCUUCUCUACGAAGUCAUAAAAUACACUAUCACAUUAAGUAGUUCAUCUUCAGGUACAGUGCUUUAAACUGCGACAUUGGAUCCCUUCCAUAUUAAUCUGUCAUAAGAAACAUAAUCUAAAUUUGUCACACAACAUCAAGUUCAUCUUCAAGACCAGCAGUUUCAUCUGUGAGAUUCAGAUCAAUUGAAAAGCCCAAUUCGGACGGUAAUUACUUCUCAAGGGGACAUAAGUUAUUUUCACCAUUUACAGGGGGUAGUCAGUCAUUUUAUUGCCGGCCGAAUCCAGAAUGUCGGUGUUUAUCUCUCACCACCCCUGUAAAAAUUCCUGGUCGAAUUACCUACUGUUUUUUGACAAAUACCAAGGUCGUGUGAUCAUUUAAUUGCUGUCCGAAUUCACAUCUCUGAGUUUACAAGAAGAAAUCAAUUCUCAAAGUUCAAUGUUUAAUACCUUUUUGAGAACUGCCGAACACUGUACGGUAACUGUUGCAUUUCACUGUAAUUUGCAUGCAUAUUAUUUCUGAAAGGCUGGAAAGUAUUUAUAAGAACAAUACUUCAUAACUGCUCCACCACAGCGAGUGGGAGCAGAAAGAGAAUAAAAGCACGUAAACAUUCUAAAUGGGUCUUUAUUAUGGCAGCAGCAGGUAUGCAAUACAAUUUUAAAAUGUGUAUUAUAAACAGUUAUAUACAUAACCAUAUUGCAUAUAAUUAUACUAUAUAAAAC